CGGGUGAAGCAUGGUGGACAGAGAUGCAUAGCAGUCUGCAUCAGGGUAGACAGUUUUGCUGUAGCUGUUCUUGGCCAGCCACACUGAGGAGGCCAUCUUGAAACGUGGCUGCAAGAGGACGGCUUGUUUCAGGUGUGUCCAAGCUUAACCAUUAAACCCAAGCCUCAUCCAUCUGAGUUCCUCCGUUGACCUCCUCAGAAGUCAGACCACUGGGACUUUGACUCAGACCGGAUUUUAUGUUAUUUCCCUUCUCAGCCAUAGUUUUGAUGUUGGAAAAGGUCUUCCUGCUCUGCCUGGCAUCGGCCAUGGCCCAACCACUCUGUAAACCAGAUCAUAUACAGUAACUAAAAGACUAUUUCAUGGCGUCUUACACACAACGAGCUAUAAAUGCUUUCUACAGGUGUUUCGGAUGGCUACAAAGUCCGCCUCAGCAUCAACACCGCCUUGGGAGAGAAAGCCUAUCCCUGGGAUGAAAAUGAGAUGUUUCUUUUCCAAUCAGUUCUGGCUUUUGCCAUGAGGAGAUACUUCAAGAAUGAAGAGUUUAAUGUACCCAGCAUUGUUGUGUGUAAUGAGACUGAAAGGGUGUCCUUCUGGUUUGUGGUGACGUCGCCUGGAAAUGCAACACAACUUGUGGAUAAAAACGAUGUGGAGAAGGCUGUAAGACUGUCCAGGAAUCGCAUCAACAGUGCUUUCCUACUAUCAGAUAGCACCCUGGAGUUCGUGGGCAUCUCUCCCACCUUUGCAGCACCGGUGAUCCUUGACCCCCCUCCAUGGCUCAUUGUGUUCGGGGUGGUCAUGGGUGUUGUUUGUGUUGGCAUUAUCGCUCUGCUUGUGACAUCUGCCCUGCAAAAGAGACGGAUAUCUCAGAAGACUGAGGAUAACAGCGAUGAAGAUGAUGAAGAAGCACAGGUGAAAGUGACAGAGAAUGGCAUAGCAUGCAGCAACCUAGAAGGAGCUUACAACACAGGAUUUUCAGAUGAUGAGCGCUUGACAAAGAUGUAAAGGAUUCCCCACUAACAAGAGGAUAAAGAUGUUAGCACCACUCCACAGGGUCCUCUGCCGCGUUGUUGUUGAUUCCCCCCCCCCUUUUGAUUAAGAAAAGUACAAAGACAGCAGUUACUGGAGAGCUGUUGUGUAUUUUUAAACAGUGAUUUUCAACAUGGACAUAUACAGAGAUUUGAGAAUGCUUCCUAAGAAUCUUUUCCUUUUUACUUUUCUGGAUGUCAUGAACUGAACAUUAUGAUCUAAAUAGCACAAAAAAACCAAGUGGCGUUUAAAUACAACAAUGCCAUUGUUCAUUCUAGAGGAUGCAUCAUCUAAAUGUGUGGGAUCUUCUUAAGUAAACACUCCACAACUCACAAAUUAAAGAGGCGAUACCCAUCUGCAUGUGUGCAGAUAAUUUUCAGCCGGUUAUAUCUGUUACCAGUCUUUUAAAAAGAAGGCUGUCAAUGAUACCGGUUCACCCAAAAGAAGAUAAGCGUUUCCUUACCAUGACAAAAUGUGAUUGAACACAUUUAUAUUGAUGUGCUUUCAAAAUCCAGUCAAGCUUUCCAAACCUUUUAUAUAUCACUUAAACCUUUUAUACAUCACUUAAAACUGCAUAGCAAAUGCUUGUACAGUCCCAGUACAGAAAUCAGGAUCCGAUGCUGGUUCAGACUGGGAAUCCGUGUGCGACUCUGGAGGUGGUAGAUAUAACUUGACUUUCUCUGGGCACACCAUACAUAUAUUUAUACAUAUGUUUCAUAUCGUUCUCUGUUUCUAUUUUGCACAUCGUUUUCAACUGCAGCAAUUCCAAUUCCCCGAGGGAAUCAUUAAAGUUUCAUCUAAUUUAAAUUGUACAUUAGUACAGUUUUCUCUCUUUUUCAUGUAUCUUUUAUGUAAAGCACAUUGAGUGCCCCUGUCUAUGAAAUAUGUUAGACAAAUAAAGUGUGAUUGAUUGCUUCCUUGAUUGACUGAUUGAUCGAUUGAUUGAUUGACUGAUUGAUUGAUUGAAUACAGAAUCUUUGGUUGGGUAAGGAGUCCAAUUUUCUGUUGCUGACAUCUAUUUAACUCCACUUUUAGCAGUGACUUUUUUAUAUGCACUCAUCACAGACCAUGGAUCUAAAGAAAUACAUGACAGUAGAAUAUGUCAUCUGAUGUUUUCAGCUUCUCAGUAUGCACCACAAAUCAUGAACCAGCAUGACUGCCAUUUUAUUUAAAAAAAUGUACAAUUCAUUUUUAUUUUUACUUUUUAAGUAUCAUGUGUUUAAUUUCAUACUGAAUUGCCUGACCAUGGUGGAAUCUGAAAUUAAAAAUAUA